CUGUAUGUCUAAUAUGUAAAAGGAAAUCCUUCUGCUAAGAGUAGUUAAGGGAAAGUAAUGGCUGAGUAUGGCUACACGAGCGGAGACUACACCACCUCCAGUAGGAUGUUUCCACGGACCGAACCCGUCGGCAUGAAUUACGGGGCUGAGAUGUUUUCACGGACCGAACCCGUCGGCAUGAAUUACAGGGCUGCGAAGGGCCCUGUCACCGUUGAUGGCCGCGGAAAAACGCAGCCUGUCAUCUAUUUCCCAGACAGCUAUGGUACAAAACCAUUUGUGGAACAACCUGAGCACAAAUACAGCUCUCCUGCAAAUAGAUGGGGUAGGCCUUCAAGCCCAGUUCAUGAUCGUGAUUCCCAGAGAACUGGGGAGUUCUUCACCAAAAUCCAAACUGAAGUGAGCCAAUCAACCAGGUCUCCCCCCAACAGCACCAUGGAUUGGCGUCAGCCACCAUAUUCGACAGGCCACAAUGGCAGCAGUGGCUAUGGUGGGUAUAGUGAGUACAGCAAGAAUGAUUCCUGGAACAGGCCUAGUGGUAAUACCAUUAGAAAUGACGGUUUCGACGACUACCACCGCAGAAAUGAUCGUGCCAUGGAAGUGAUGAACACCAGUGGGGGGUGGGGUAGCAGGCCAAACAGUGGAGGAUGGUCUGCAACGUCCGGCUCCUCACUGACCAAACCAACAAACAACAUUGGCGAGGCUGUCGAGACUCUGAAGGAAGCUGCCACGUCUACAUUUUCACGACAGGGAGGGUCAGCACCGGUUUCAGCAGGGCCUAGAUAUGCUGAAACCACUGACAGUAUGGAUGCUGCAAGGCGAUAUGGGAACUUUAAAUUAACUUCUAGGUCACCCAAGAGCGUAGGGUUCUACUGAACACAACAUCUAGACUUGAUUACACAUAUAUAUGGAUCUAUGGACUAUAGCUUCAUGAAGCUCCUCAGCUGGAAUGCUCUGUGAGUAGAAGGUUUGUUGGAACUUCAUCUAGCUAGCUAAACUAUCAGUAUUGUAUGUUUUCCGUUUUGCCGUUCGUUUCAGUGGAAUCUCUUUGGUGUCGUAAACAGGUAAGUGGUGCUAAUUAAUGGCCUUUGAUGCUCUGCCAUUGCUAGUAUAAAAUAAGCUUUCCUUGUAAGCAGAUUGCAAUGAAGUAUCUCUCCUUUUUAUUUA